AUGUUGGUAAAUGCAAGAAGUCCUUCCAGUACACUCCUGUGUGCAUUUACCCCGAAGUAAAGUCCACUGAGAAGCACCUGGGAGUCAGGAAAUGUGGUUUACUGGAGAAAAAAAUCCCUUUGAACUCAGUGGGAUUUGCCUGUAUGUAUAUUUCAGUGCCUGUUGUCUUUGUCCAUGGAGUUUUCUUGGCAGGGAUACUGGAGUGGCUUGCCGGUUCCUGCUCCAGGUGGAUCACGUUUGGUCAAAACUCUCCACUAUGACCUGUCCAUCUUGGGUGGCCCUGCAUGGCAUAGCUCAUAGCUUCUCUGAGUUAUUCAAGCCCCUUCGCCACGGCAAGGCAGUGAUCCAUGAAGGGGAUCCAUGAAGUGCCUGGCGUGCUCUGGUCCAUGGAGUCACGAAGAGUCGGACAUGACUAAACAACAACAUAUUUCAGUGCCUACAUGAGGGUGCAAAUCCAGGAGCAUAUAUUCUGAAGGCAGUGGCACUAGCCUCUGAAUAAACAUAAAUAAGUCUGGGCUGCCCCGAACUUCAGCUCUGCCCCUUUAAGACUCCAAACACCCUUCUUUAGAGCUGGCCUUUCGGAUUCUAGAACAGAAGGGCUUUCAAAUUUCCACAAACAGUAGCAUCUCUUUGCCCAGAGAGUGGGUGGGUAAUAUUUUGUAACGAGAAAAAGGAAGGACGACGGGGAAGGCAGCAGGUACUGAAUUAAAUAUUUCUGGCAUCUCAUCCUUUCAAAAAAAUGUUUUUUCCACAAUAUGUAUUUCAGAUGUGACACAAUUUGGAAACAAACCUCUAAAAAGUGUAUUUGACAUGGGGUAGAGCUUUCCCCUAUCUCAGCAACCUUCUGACCCAUGUAAGGUGUGAGAAAGAUAGAAAGAAAUUCCUUGGGCGAGAGAUCUUAAGCACAUAUGCAGAAGGGAGUUCAUCCGUUGUACCUCUGCAUGAUGUUCGCCCAAGCAGUCUGCUCCGGAAGUGAUUAACUGUGACUAUACCCCUUUAUGGGGCAAAAUUUGUCCAGUAAUUCCUGGAGAGCAUGCAAGUCUUCAAGGAGGGUGCCUGUCGCCCCUCUCUCUGUGUGUCUCUUGUCUCUUUCCUUCUUUCCGUCCAGCCUCCCACUGGGGAAUGAGUCCUUGUGGUCUGUACAGCAUCAAUCUCAAUUCAAUUGCUGUGGGAUCGCAGGAGGAAUUUCCCUGUUGCCCUUCUGAAUGAGUCACUGCCUCCUUCCGAUCAGAUUCACGCCCCCAAAAGCAAACCUUUCUCUCCCCUUGCAGUCUCCCCUUUGUGAGAGCAAAGUAACAAAAGCAAACCUUUCUCUCCCCUUGCAGUCUCCCCUUUGUGAGAGCAAAGUAACGCCUCCCAUUUUAAUUCAGAAAAUAAGCGCUAAAAAGGUAAAGGGUAAAGGGACCCCUGACCAUUAGGUCCAGUCGCGGACGACUCUGGGGUUGUGGCGCUCAUCUCACUUUAUUGGCCGAGGGAGCCGGAGUACAGCUUCCGGGUCAUGUGGCCAGCAUGACUAAGCUGCUUCUGGCGAACCAGAGCAGCGCACGGAAAUGCCGUUUACCUUCCCACUGGAGCGGUACCUAUUUAUCUACUUGCACUUUGACGUGCUUUCGAACUGCUAGGUUGGCAGGAGCAGGGACCUGCUAGGUUGGCAGGAGCAGGGACCUGCUAGGUUGGCAGGAGCAGGGACCGAGCAACGGGAGCUCACCCCAUCGCGAGGAUUCGAACCGCCAACCUUCUGAUCAGCAAGUCCUAGGCUCUGUGGUUUAACCCACAGCGCCACCCGCUAUCAGACCUUUAAAAAAAAAAAAAGCUGUCAGCAGCUUUGGAAAACACUGCCCUUUUGUUAUCUGACCCUAAUUCCUCUCCCUUUUCCGGACCCAUUGCACAAGACCCCUCCAGUGCUGUAAAACCUCCGCCCCAAUAGAUGUCUCUGUGGGGAGGCGAGAAGGUAAACAAGCCGGUGCAAAGUGACUCUCCUUUUUCUCCGCCAGGUCUCCUCUUGUCUUCCGAUUUGGGGAGAGAAAAAAGAAGGGAAGGAAGAGGAGAGGGAGAAACUUCGGAAGGAUCCAAAACGGAGGAAGAUUUGCAGAGAGAGAGAGAGAGAGAGAGAGAGAGAGAGGCCUUGGGAUGAAAGCCAAAGGAAAGGUGAGCAAAGAGUCCCUUGUCGCUCCACAUUUUACCUCCCGCAUUUGGAUCUGCUUGAUUCGGAUCAGGGCGUGUUUACAUUAGGAUCCAGGAGCGGAGAAGCAGCCAGCCCCCCCCUUGCCCCACAGCCCCACUUUCUCGCCUUCCGCACCCGUCACUUUUUCUCGCAAAGCUUUCCCUAAUAAUAUUUCGCCAGCCUUCCCCAAAAACCCCGUCCUUUCCCCCCUUGUCUUGGACCCUGGCCGGCUGUCCUGGUUGGGUAAGCAGAAGAAGGCAGACAGGACUCAACCCGGUGCUACGCCACACAAAGACCCCCCCCACCCAUCCCGGUCCUGGGUGCGAGUUCCUUUGCAAGAUGGGUGUGUCCAGACUGGCAGGUUUGGCUUGCACAGCCCCAGACUCUUUAACCGGCUGUUAGCACACACUCCUUGGCCUUAAGAUUAUUUCCAUUUACAGUAUUUAAUUUGUUAAGCCAUCUAACUGGCUCGGUGGGCAGUGCUUUGCAUUCAGAAAGUCCUGGGUUCAAUUUCUGGUGGGCCUGAGAGAGUCCCGCUCUCUCAAACUCCAGAGAGCUGCUACCAGUCAGCAUAGACAACACUGAACUAAAUGGAGCAAUUGCUGGCUUGGUAAUAAGGAAGCUUCCCUGUGUUUCUAUUCAGCCGGCUCUUUAUUCGGAAUCAUGAGGACUAGAAUCUUAAGGUUACUCUUGAUAAUAAAAUAAUAAUAAUAAUAAUAAUAAUAAUAAUAAUAAUAAUAAUUUAUUUAUACCCCGCCCAUCUGGCUGGGUUUCCCCAGCCACUCUGGGCGGCUUCCAACAGAAUAUUAAAAUGCAAUAACCUAUUAAACAUUAAAAGCUUCCCUAAACAGGGCUGCCUUCAGAUGUCUUCUAAAAGUCUGGUAGUUGUUGUUCUCUUUGACAUCUGAUGGGAGGGCGUUCCACAGGGCGGGCGCCACCACCGAGAAGGCCCUCUGCCUGGUUCCCUGUAACUUGGCUUCUCGCAAUGAGGGAACCGCCAGAAGGCCCUCAGAGCUGGACCUCAGUGUUCGGGCAGAACAAUGGGUGUGGAGACGCUUCUUCAGGUAUACUGGACCGAUUCCUAGGGAGCCCUGCGUCAGAGAUAGAGGACAUGCACUGCAUGCGGGAAGUCCAGCCCCCAAUGGCAUCCGCAGGUCGGGUUGGGAGAGGCCCCUGCAACAGAAUUGUGUUUUCAGAAUCAUGAGGACUGGAGUCUUGCUUUAUUUUUAAGGGGAGGGCUGUGGCUCAGUGGUGAGAGCAUCUGCUUUGCACGCAGAAGGUCCAAGGUCCAGUCCCCAUUGGAUUCGAACCCGGGGCAACCUAGUCCUAGCCUAACACUAACCAUUUCACUGCACUGCCAUUUAGCCCUAGAAAUGUAUUUAUCUGUUUAUUUGAUUUCUGUCCCGUGUUUGCUCCCAAAGGAGCCUGCAAAGCAUAAUCAAUGGAACAAUAUAUAAUUAAAGCGCUACAAAAUGUAAAGUGGCUAAAGUAAAAAUAACAACAAUAAUAUUCAGAAUUGAAACGUUGAAGGAGUGAGGAGAGUGCGCAGCCCAUAGGUAACCAAGGUUAGCUUGCUGCUGCUUCUUUCCUCCUCCCUCCUCCUCCCUUUUUCCUUGUGUGCCGUGUCUUGCUACCAAUCUUUGUAAGCCGCUCAGCUAAAGGGUGGGGGUUAAAAUGAAUAAAUUUUGAGGGAACUGGGUGGGGUGGGGUGGAGAGUUAUAUGUUGCACCUCCAGCUGAAGGUGGAUUUGCACCGAUCCUGCUCUCCCCUUCACCUCCCUCCUGGGUUGUUUGAAACCCAGGUCCCAGCCGUUGCCUGGAUCCAACCAGGCUGCAGAGCUAAGCUGUUUCCCCACCCCCAACCCCACCCUUAGGACCGGCUUGGCAGCUUCCCUCUUGCAAAAACACCCCACAACCACCACCCCAAAGCUAUGCAACAACCACGGCAACUGAGUGUUCAGCUGACUGACGGCUGGCCAUUCCCCUCCCUGAUCGGGUCGCGUGGGGAGAGGGGAGCAGCUGGCUCUGCCCUCCCCAAUUUACCUAGAUCCCCGGCUUUCAUCUAAAAAGACAGAGAGCUAUAGCAGAUCCAUGCAUUUAAAGUCCAUUCAUCUCCCAUCUGAAGCAUGUGACUUCCCCAAGGAAUCCUGGGAAGUGUAGUUUCCAACCUCAUCAAGCUCCAGUUCCCAGGAUUCUUUGGGGGGAGCCAUUCUGUGCUUUCCAUUUAUGGGCCAGAAAGGAAAUAUGGUUCUGUCCAAUCGGGAGAGGAAAGAACGCUUCCAGCUGAGGGUGGUGGGGCCUCGGAGCGUAAUAUGGCCCUUGGGACCUCUCCCUGUGGCCCCCGGGGGCACACCCCUCACCUGCCUCGCUUUGCACCCUCCCAGAGUGCUUUCUCCUGCUGUAAAUACGUCAUUCCACCCUGAUCAUGCCUUUUACAUGUUUGGAUGGAGGAGAGAGAGAGAGAUUAUGUAUGGAAGCCAGCCUACUGUGCAAAGGUACUCAUGGCUCCACCCACUUUUACCUGUGGCCCCGCCCACCCCCGCAUGCGGCCCCUGAAAGCCUGCCUGGAAGGGAAUUCCACCCUUGGUUGGUCUGGAAAAGACCCACCCCAAUUUCAGUCCUUGGAAGUGAAAACAUACAUGGCUUUUAAAUGAAAUUCUUCCGUGGAAGCGAGGUGAAGGUGUGUCCAGGUGGAAAAAUCCAGGUGUUUCUCUUACCACCCUCUUCCCUUCUUUUUUUAUUGCCAGGAUCCUGCCGCCCGGCUGAUUUAAAACCCCUCCGGCUGAGCCGCUCUUUCUGCAAAGGCAAGCUGUCAACAACCCGCCAAACUCGCUCUAGAGACUGA